AUGGGCGACCUGUACAACACAUCGUCUCUUAUAGUGCUAAAUCGCUUUAAUUUCUCCGAUGAAAAUGUCUUUCCUACAUUUCUUUUUGCAACUCUGAGCUAUCUGAUCAUACUUUUCUGCAACCUUAUUCUAAUACUCACAAUUGUACUGAACAGAUCUCUGCAUCAGCCCAUGCAUUUAAUUCUGCUGAACCUUCCUAUCAACGACCUUAUAGGCAGCACAGCAUUCUUCACACAGGCCAUUAAGGACAUACUGACAAACAACAAGACGAUGCAAUACUCCACCUGUGUUACCCAAGCUUUCUUUAUCCACAUCUAUGCAUGUGGUACAGUGUUCAUUCUCACUGCUAUGGCAUAUGAUAGAUACAUUGCCAUAUGUUUGCCUUUGAAAUACAACACGAUUAUGACUAAUGCUCACAUUAUGAGAAUUAUCACAAUUGUUUGGAUGAGUUGUUUAGUUGUAAUAGGUGUGCUCUUUUACCUGCUGUUGCGUUUACCCCGCUGUCGAUCUGAAGUGACGCAUCCCUACUGUGAUAAUCCAACUUUGUUGACUUUGGUCUGUGCUGACACAAGCAUUAAUAACAUUUAUGGGCUUUUUACGGUUGCUAUUACACAGCUGAUAGGUAAUGGGAUGAUUUUGUACACAUAUCUCCAGAUCCUUGUUGCAUGCUUCAGAUCCAAACGAUCAGACACGAAAGCCAAAGCUCUGCAGACAUGUGCUACACAUCUAGCUGUUUUUCUCUUGUUGGAGUGCCUGGGUCUUUUUACCAUCAUAUCAUACAGAAUAAGAAACCUUUCACCACAUUUAAGGAGGUUCAUAGGGGUUUUAACUUUGGUUUUCCCCCCAACAUUGAAUCCAAUCAUCUAUGGACUGAAAACAAAAGAAAUUCGAGAAAAAAUUGUGCAUUUUCUGUUGAAUAAGUCCUUUCAGCUUCAGCCUGUAGUAAGAUAA